UCCAGAUUGCAAAACUCCGGGAGGGGAAAGCAGAGUCGGGAGGCGGUGCCCAGCCACAGCUCGCGGUGCCCACGUUUCCCCAGCAGCCGACGGGCGCCGGCAGACCCUGCAAGAUGCGGAACCCCCUUCUGCUGCCCGCUGCCCACCUCGUUUGCUGGUGCAGCGCGGCUCUGGCCGUGGCACCCGGGCCCCGGUUUCUGGUAACAGCACCUGGGAUCAUCAGACCUGGAGGAAAUGUGACUGUAGGGGUAGAGCUUCUGGAACACAGCCCCCCACAGCUUACUGUAAAGGCUGAGGUGUUCAAGAAAGUCGCCAACCACACCACCUUGGUCUUGGAAGCAGAAAGAGUCUUUGAAAAAGGCUCUUUCAAGACACUUACUCUUCCAUCUAUACCCCUAAAUAGUAUAAAUGAGAAUUAUGAGCUCCGUGUCACUGGACAUACUCAAGAUGAAAUUUUAUUCUCUAAUUCUACACGCUUAACGUUCGAGACCAAAAGAAUAUCUGUCUUCAUUCAAACAGACAAGCCCUUGUACAAGGCAAAGCAAGAAGUGAAGUUUCGUGUUCUCACAUUCUUGUCUGAUUUUAAGCCAUAUAAAACUUCUUUAAACAUUCUAAUUAAGGAUCCAAAGUCAAAUUUGAUUCAGCAAUGGUUGUCAGUCAGAAGUGAUCUUGGAGUUGUUUCCAAAACUUUUCAAUUAUCUUCUCAUCCCAUACUUGGUGACUGGUCCAUUCAAGCUCAAGUGAAUGACCAGACAUAUUAUCAGUCAUUCCAGGUUUCAGAAUAUGUAUUGCCAAAAUUUGAAGUCACUUUGCAGACUCCAUUAUAUUGUUCAUUGAAUUCUAAGCAUUUACAUGGCACCAUCACAGCAAAGUAUACAUAUGGGCAACCAGUGAAAGGAGAUGUGACACUUACAUUUUCACCUUUAUCCUAUUGGGGUGUCAGGAAAAAUAUUAAAAAAAACUUAAAGAUAGAUGGGUCUGCAAACUUCUCCUUUACUAAUGAAGAAAUGAAAGAAGUAAUGGAUUUUUCGGAUGAUCUUUCUGAACACAUGCAUGUGUCUUCUUUUGGUCCAGUAGAAAUUUUAGCCAUAGUGACAGAAUCUCUUACAGGUAUCUCAAGAAAUGCAAGCUCCAAUGUAUUUUUUAAGCAACAUGAUUACAUCAUUGAGUUUUUUGAUUAUACUACUGUCUUGAAGCCGUCUCUUAACUUCACAGCCACUGUGAAGGUAUUUCGCUCUGAUGAUAGUCCUCUGACUCUAGAAGAAAGAAGAAAUGAUGUAGUCAUAAAGGUGACACAGACAAACUAUUCCCACUCUUGGAGCAGAUGGAACAGUAGUGACCAGGAAAAGGAAGUGAUCCAGACCAUAAAUUAUGCUGUCCCUCAGAAUGGAAUUUUCAACAUUGAAAUUCCCAUCCUGCCUGAUUCCAGGGAGCUACAAUUGAAGGCCUCAUUUCUUGAUAGUACAAAUACAGUGAGAAUUAAUGGUAUGUUUAAUUCUCCUAGUAAAACAUAUAUCCAGUUAAAAACAAGAGAAGAAAAUAUAAAGGUGGGAUCACCUUUUGAACUGGUGGUUAUUGGUAAUAAGCCGUUGAAGAAUUUGAGCUAUAUGGUAGUAUCGAGGGGACAGCUGGUUGCUGUAGGCAAGCAAAAUUCACCAACCUUCUUUUUAACACCAGAAAAUUCCUGGGCUCCAAAAGCCUGUGUAAUUGUGUAUUAUGUUGAAGAGGAUGGGGAAAUUAUAAGUGAUGUUCUAAAAAUUCCUGUUGGGCUUGCUUUUAAAAAUAAGAUAAAUAUGUAUUGGAACAAAUCUAAAGUUGAACCAUCUGAGAAGGUCUCUCUUCGGAUCUCUGUGACACAACCCCGCUCUGUAGUUGGAAUUGUUGCUGUUGACAAAAGUACGACUCUGAUGAAUAUGUCAAAUGAUAUUACAAUGGAAAAUGUUAUCCAGGAAUUGGAACUUUACAAUACAGGAUUUUAUUUAGGCAUGUUCAUGAAUUCCUUUGCAGUUUUUCAGGAAUGUGGCCUCUGGGUAUUAACAGAUGCGACUCUGGUGAAGGAUUCUAUCGAUGGUGUUUAUGACACAGUAGAUUAUUUUCUUGAGGAUGUUAUGGAUCGAGAACUAGGCUAUGAUUCGGAAUUGUUAAAUUCUAAUGAAGUUUCUUCGAUUAGUAAUCCACGCAUUAGAAAGCACUUUCCAGAGACUUGGAUCUGGCUUGACACCAAUAUGGGUUCUAAAACUUUACAAGAAUUUGAAGUUACUGUCCCUGAUUCUAUCACUUCUUGGGUGGCAACUGCAUUUGUGAUCAAUGAGGAUUUGGGACUUGGACUAACAACAACCCCAGUGGAGCUACAAGCCUUCCAGCCUUUUUUCAUUUCUUUGAAUCUUCCCUAUUCUGUUAUCAGAGGUGAAGAAUUUGCUUUGGAAGUAAUCAUAUUCAAUUAUUUGAAAGAUGCCACUGAGGUUAAGGUAACCAUUGGGAAAAGUGACCAGUUUGAAAUUCUAAUGAUGUCCAAUGAAGUAAAUGCCACAGAACACAAACAGACCAUUCUGGUUCCAAAAAUGGAUGGGAAAACUGUUUUUUUCCCUAUUAAGCCAACACAUCUGGGGGAGAUUCCUAUCACAGUCACAGCUGUCUCACCUGUUGCUUCUGAUGCUAUCACUCAAAGGAUUUUAGUAAAGGCUGAAGGAAUAGAAAAGUCGCAUUCACAGUCUGUUUUGCUGGAUUUGACUGACAGUCAGCUACAAACCACCACAAAAAGUUUGAGUUUCUCAUUUCCUCCUAAUACAGUGAGUGGUAGUGAAAGAGUUCAGAUCACAGCAGUAGGAGAUAUUCUUGGUUCUUCUAUCAAUGGCUUAGACUCAUUAAUUCGUAUGCCUUAUGGCUGUGGUGAACAAAACAUGAUAAAUUUUGCUCCAAAUAUAUAUGUCUUAGAUUAUAUGACUAAAAAGAGACAACUUUCAGAAAAGUUAAAAGAAAAAGCACUUUCAUAUAUGAGACAAGGUUACCAGAGAGAGCUUCUUUAUCAGAGGGACGAUGGCUCUUUUAGUGCUUUUGGAAAUGACGACUCCUCGGGAAGCACUUGGUUGUCAGCAUUUGUUUUAAGAUGUUUUAUUGAAGCUGAUCCUUACAUAGAUAUUGACGAAAAUGUACUACACAGAACAUAUACUUGGCUUAAAAGACAUCAGAAAUCCAAUGGUGAAUUUUGGGAACCUGGAAGAGUGAUACACAGUGAGCUUCAAGGUGGCACUAAAAGUCCAGUAACUCUUACAGCAUAUAUUGUGACUUCUCUCCUGAAAUAUAAAAAGUACCAGCCUAAUAUUGAUGUUCAAAACUCCAUCAACUUUCUGGAAUCUGAAUUCAGUAGAGGAAUUUCGGACAAUUACACUCUAGCUCUUAUAACUCAUGUGUUGUCUUUGGUGGAAAGCUCUAAAGCAAAGGAAGCUUUGGACAUACUCAACUGGAGUGCAACUCGAGAAGGAGAUGUGCAGUUCUGGACCUCGUCAGUAUUCAAACUUUCUGAAUACUGGCAGCCCAGCUCCCAGGACAUUGAAAUUGCGGCCUAUGCUCUGCUCUCACACUUCCUGCACCAUCAGGUUUCAGAGGGAAUUCCAAUUAUGAGGUGGCUAAGCAGGCAGAGAAACAGCUUGGGAGGCUUUGCAUCUACCCAGGACACUGUUGUGGCCUUGAAAGCCCUGUCUGAAUUCGCAGCCCAAAUGAACACAGAUAGGACAAAUAUCGAAGUCAAAGUGUCAGGGCUGAGUUCGCCACGACCUGUCAAGUUUGAGAUUGACACACAGAAUCGCUUUGUCCUGCAGACAGCAGAGCUUGAAUUGGUACAGCCAAUUGAAGUCAAUAUUUCUGCUAAUGGCUUUGGAUUUGCUGUUUGUCAGCUCAAUAUUAUCUAUAAUGUGAAAGAGACAGAGUCUUCAAGAAGAAAAAGAUCCACCCAAAUGCAAGAAGCCUUUGAUUUAGAUGUUGCUGUUCAUGAGAAUGAACAGGAUACCAAUCACUUGAAUCUGAAUCUGUGCACAAGGUUUUUGGGCCCAGCUAGGAGUGGCAUGGCUCUCAUGGAAGUUAACCUACUCAGUGGUUUUACUGUGCCAUCAGAUGCAAUUCCUCUGAAUGAAAUAGUGAAGAAAGUAGAGCAUGAUUAUGGAAAGAUCAACUUAUAUUUAGAUUCUGUAAAUGAAACGCAGAUAGUUUUGUGUUGAUAUUCCCUGCAGUGAGAAACUUUAAAAGUUUCGAAUACACAAGAUGCUUCUGUGUCCAUAGUAGAUUACUACGAACCAAGGAGACAAGCAGUGAGAAGUUACAACUCCAAAGCACAGCUGUCCUUCUGCAACUUUUGUGGAGACUCUCCUGGCUGCCUUCCCUGCGAGAACAGAGCUUCAUUUGCUCUCCCUCCCUCCUUGGUCCUUUUGGUUCUCUGUUUCACACUUCUGUUCUCUUUGCAGCAUUGGCUGUGAUGGAUUUUUUAAGAAAAAACAUCUCAUUUUUAUAAUCAGAUAUUGCAUCUAAUUUAAGAGGUCACUUUUUUUUUCUGGGCUAGGGGUUGUUUGGUGGGAGUGAAGAGAGAGUGCACCUUAUGUUUUAGUCUGUCUAGACUCUGUGUAGGA